AUGGCUGAAAUAUUAAAAGAAUGGUUAACAGAAAGGUUACAGCGACCGAUAACGUGGGAAGCUGAAGCUUUUGGAGAUAUGAUGAAAAACGGUUAUGUGAUUGCUGGUGUUCUUCUUAGCUAUGGGGUAAUAGUCGGAGAAGAAUAUUAUUUGAUAAGGGCCGGUAACAACACCGAAGAAGUAAAAAAUAACUGGAAGUACAUUAGGCAAUGGUUGCUAUCGUUGGAUAUACACUUAAGUGACGUGGAACUAGAAAAUUUAAUGAACGGUAAAAGUUCUUGUUUAUUGCGCCUAUUCUAUAAGUUAUUUCUUCACUUAGACAAAAAAGAUCGAACGGAUUUUAUUAAACGAGAAAGAAAAAUGGUAUCUGGUUUAGUAGAAAAAUUGGGCCAUAGAUUUCAAGUAGAUAAAAUUCCUGAAGAGGAAGAGUCGUUUUUUGACAAUCUUUCCAAGCCUUUACUAAAUGAAAAAUAUUUCAUAGAAUGGCAAAGAAAAAAAUCUGCAAAGGUAAAAGAUACCUAUGACUAUAUAAGACAUAAGUAUUCCAAAAUGAUAAAUAAAAUUAAAGAACUAAAUACGCCCAUGAAUUUAAAAGAUCCAGUGCCUCCUAAAUUAACGUACAAAGAGCGGAAAGAUAUGCAAGAAUUUACAUUAAAACAUCCUUGUCAGUUUCAAAAUUAUACAUAUGAACAACUUCUUGCUUUAGACGAAAAGGUAUUGGAGCAAAAAAGCUCAAUAUCCAGUACAGAAUGGGCCAAAAACUAUAUGGAGAAUCUUUAUAUUAGAAUACACAAAAAAACUGAUUCCGAAGAAUUUCAAAAGCAGCUAUCAAAUGUUCUUAGUGGUUCAAUAUGGGAUAUGUCGGUUGCAGAAGAAGAAACUAAACAUGACACAGAGCUUGCUAAGAAAGUAAUGAAACUGUCUCAAUUUGAAAAACAAAUGUGCACACAAAUUAUGGAAACUAAACAACAAGCACGUAACUUAUUUAAUAACAGACUUCAGGCUCAAAAAGAAUUUAGUGAACAAAGAGAUGAGCAGUUCAAUCAAUUUCUUGACAAUAUUAAAGAACAUAUUCAUUCAGAAGUGGAAGAAAUAGAUUUCGAAAAAAGGAGACAAGAAAUACUCCACAAAAGGUUGUACGCUGAAAAAAUGAAACGUAAACGUCAACAUUACUACGAAAUAUGUUAUGAAACUAUGCUAUCUAUAGUUGACUAUGCGACAAAGUAUGGAUAUUUUAAAAAAUUAAUUGGUGACGAUAUUCCUAAUCAUUUUAUUCAUGAAUGGAAAACGUUGUAUUACAAGCAACAGCCCAUUUUUGAUAUUUUUGAGCCAAUGGAAGAAAUUUUAAUAGAUCACAGUGAGGAGGAGAGACCGCCUCAAAUCGAAGAAAUUGUAAGGUUAGAAUUGGAUCGUCAAGAAGCUUUAAAUGAUUCAGAAUUCAAAGAAUAUCAUAAUUACUCCCAUCCUUGGACUUUAGAAUUAUUAAUUCCAAAUUACGAUCCCGAAUCCGAAGAAAGAAAGUACGAAUAUUUGGGGACAAGAAUUUUAGGUCACAUAGUUUAUACUUUACUGGAGAUUAAAUAUCCAUAUCCACCACCACGACCUCCGGCUGCAUUACCAGUUUAUUCCGCUAAAGCGAUACUACGAGGCCUUCCAGACAGAUCGAUUACUGUACCAAUGCAGUAUUUAUUAAAUUUACGUAAAAUACACGUAGUUCGACUUGAGAGUACGAUUAAUUUUGCCUUACGACAGUUCAAAUGUGAGUUAAUAGGGUGUACAGAUAUUGAAUUAUCGUUUGAUAAAUUUUUGGCUGCAGCCGAAGAAGAAGAGGAUAAAGAACUGAUCAAAUUAAUGAAAAUUGAUGAUGAAUCCACAUACAAACAAAGUGAUUUAGCCGUAGCGUCUAUGCUCGGAGUAACUCCAGCAAACACAAAACAGACUCAAACUCCAAAGACCAUACCCGAAGAAGAAAUUGCUUUAUCUGCGGCUGCUGAUCUUGGUAAAUAUGCUUAUGAAUCACUUAAUGCAGGUGACACUUUAACUGAUUAUCUUCUAGCGGCAAUGAUAGUAGAAUACCUUAAGGACCAAGAUGAUAUUAGUGGAUUUGUAAUAAUAAAUUACCCAAACACAUACAGGGAAGCGCAAAUUCUAGAGGAAACAUUUCUUGGUAUAGCUCCUCCCGAUGAUACUGAGCUUGAUGACAGGGAUGAAAUUUACUUAGAAGAAAGUAUUGCAAAACAUCGUAAAAAAGAAAAAGAUCAGUUCAAGAAUGUAAGGAUAUCUAAGCUUGUUAAUGAUCCGCAUAAAAAGAGAAUAGUAAAACCUUUUGAAAGUUACUUUACUUGCUAUAUUAAUCUUAAAAACACUGAAGACAUCCUUCAAGAACUUGUUAUAUGGGACUUGAAUGAAGACAAUUCUGAAUUGAUUGACCGAUUUUAUGCCGUCCUGGGUCUAAAUUAUAGUUUAUACUACGAAAUAAUUGAUAAAGAUUUAUUAGCGCAAAUAUGCAAGUAUAUAAUUGGAGAUUUGGUAUUGCCUUUGAAAUCUUGUGAAACAUUAUUUGGUGAGGGUGUUCUAAGUGUAAUUGAUUUCCCGACAUCUGAAGACAAAAGGACUAAAUCCAAAAUAGUCAAACCAGAAGUAAGUACUACUACUAAAUCUAGGGACAAAUUAAGUCGAAAUAAAAUGAGUAAAACAUCUAUCAGUAAUGAGUUAGAAGUAGUUAAAGAACCUUCGGCAGAUAAAUACUCCGAUGAAAACAUUUCAGAAGAAAUAGGAGAAAUUGAAAAAUCCUUACUCAGUGUAGAAGAAAUUAAAAUAUUACCGGGCGAAGAAGAUUGGGAUUAUGCUGAAUUGCCAAUUUCAGAACUAAUUGGCAUAGCUUUAGCGAAUUGCUGGGAGGAAGUAGAAAAUAUUUACAUACGAGAUAUGGAGCAACUAUUUUUUGCAAAAAGGUUACAAAUGAAUUGUUUGAUUCCAUACGCUAGAUAUAUCAAGGAUAAAAUGGAACAGAUAAUAACACUACCUUCAAAUAAACAAGACUUAGUAAGUCGUUUUCAAAAGGACUAUAAUGAUUUUGAAAAUGAUUGGCGGGAUGUAAGCUUAGCGAAAAACGAAUGGCACUGUCGAGUGAAGGAGUUGCAAAAUAAACUGUAUCACAUUUGUGACGAAAGAAAAUUAUAUGCUGAACAGCAAAGACAGCUAUUAAUACGCGAUAAUUGGACGAUGGAAGAAUUAACUAGUAUGGCUAACACGUAUAUAUCGUGUAUGCAAACAGAGCUUAACAGAUCUAUUAUGACUUACCAAGCUUUCCAUGAUUUUUACUUUUCUAUGUUAAAGCGAUUGCCACCUAACGACAGAUUAGUCUCAAAAGAUUUAACUAAAAUAUACAAAGAUUCUGAUGAAGUAUCUGGAAGCAAGAAAGGGGGUGAAGAUAAAGUUUACAGACAGAUAAAAGCAGCGUUUCAAGAACUACAUUUAAAAAAUAUUGCUAUUGACUACUCUAACAAUCCAUUUAACUUGGUGAUUGAGAACAAUGUGAAAUUUGCUCUAAAAAUUGUUAAGGAUACCAACGAGUCUUAUAGAAGUCUAAUAGCUAAAGAAUAUAGUGAAAUCGCUAAAAUUCAACCAACAAUAAAGAAGAAAGACGACAAUUCUUCGGAGGAUUCUGUAAAUGAGGAAGAAAUAUUUAAGCAGAAUGCGUUGAAGUGUGUUGAAGAGUGGACAGUGGGCAUCAACGGAGAAAUGUUUAGAGCAAGUCUUCGAAUACUAGCUUUACAAUAUAAAUGUUAUCGUGAUAUGAAAUUAUUUAAUGAUCAUAUAUUUAGAACAUUUAUGGAAAUACAGAACGAUAUUGAUGUUUAUUACAUGAAUGAGAUAAAGUCUGUAGAUAGACUUUGUAAAUAUUUACAAAUGGCUGUUGAAAAUGGACGUCGAAUACCUGAUAGUCUUAUACUAGAACAUGAUACAUUUGUGAUUGAUCCAAAUCUUUUGCAGUUCGCACCUCCAGAACCUCUUUUAGACUCAGGAAAAAUUAUUGAAAUGAUGGGCGAAAUGGACUUUAAAAUUAGUCAACUAGCAUCUCUGCGGUCACAGUUUAAAAUUGUUGCACCAAAUGGUAUUAUUUUGCAACAGGCUUUCAUCUAUUUAUUACAAGAUUUUAUCUUCUUUGGAAAGGAAUCUUGUGAAGGGAGUCUUUUCCCUGAAAUAUGGAAACGUGUCGAUCCCGAGCAAAUUUCUAAAUUAGUGUAUUCAUUCUAUGGAGAUAUGGUGUACGUUGAUUGGCGAGAUUUUCUAAUUUACUGCCUGAAUCUAAGAUUUCCUAAUUUGGAUCAGUUACUAGAACUUCGUAAAAGUUUUAGAUGCAAAGAUCUUGCAUCUACUGAGUUAAUCAGUAGAGAUGAAUUUAUUGAAGAGGUUCUCUGGUUCGAAACAGAUUUUGAUCCAGCAGAUACACGAGAAUUACUUAGAAAAAAUUUAAUCAAACAUUUCUUAUUUGAAUUAUUUGAAACAUCCCAGAAUAUGAUGAAUUAUUCAGCAUUUUUAUUAGCAUUCUGUAAAGAUAAUGAUCCAAUUGAAGGCUUUGUUAUGGCAUUAGCCAUGGCUGUGGGUAAGAGAACAUGCCAUUCUCUGGAUGAUUGUGAAGAAAUAGUAUGUAAAUUGAUUAAAGACAAACAGUACAGAGAUGCCUGUCUAGCGUGUGCAGUAAAAUGUGCCAAUCAAUUUCUGGAUAUACUUUUAACAAGGACCGUUAAUUAUUGUGAAGGUAUUACUAUUUCAGAAAUCCAAUAUGUACCUACAGUUGAAGACAAAAAGGGAGGGAAAAAGGGGAAAAAUGUGACGAAAUCACACAGCGUUAAGAAAAUUGAGACAUCGCAAAGCGCACGUAUGGCAAAGAUGUCCAAAAGCGCAGAGUCUAAAAAUAAAUUAACACAAUCGGCUACAAAUGUCAAGACUACAUUUAUUUGCCCUCCAUGUCAGGACCAGGAAGAGAAAGAAACUAAUUUAGAGGAAAAAAUGGAGAAAGUCUUAGAAGAAGAAGCACAGACUGAGCCGGUGCCGGACCCCAACCUAGCUUAUGCUGUUAGUCAAGACGUUAUAUGGAAUGUACUGCGUAUCUGUCUACCUUGGCAUUUUGUAUUGCUUCCUGAAAAUAGGAAGACAGUGUAUGUAGAUCAAGUAACUGAGUUAUUGAAAUUUUUAGAGGUAGAUACUGAUAGCGGAGAUAUUUACGUAUGCAAGUUUGUCACAGAUCCAAACAUAUGCAUGAUGCUGAACAAGGCCAAAAAAUUUACAAUCAUUUGUCUUGCGGAUGUCCUCGACAAAGUUUUAAUUUAA